AUUCGUGAGAAACAACUCGUGGUAAACGGACCGAAAGCAAAACUCAGCGGCUGCUCUGAAACUCUGGAACUGUGCUGGUUCUGUUCCUCCUCCUCGUCUUUGUGCCUGCCUGCCUGCCUGCCUGUUUUUUUUUUUGUUAGCUCCCUGCUCUCUGUGUGUUUUUGUUUUCGUUGUCACCCUCGGCCACUUUGUUACCCCGCCGGAUCAGUCCGCCACGCCUCCCCCGCCCUUCGCCUUCCUUCGAGAACCCCACUCGCGCAGAUCCGAACAACCGAAGAAGAGGGCACCAGCAUCCACAUCUAAAUCCAAGUCCAGAACAUCCAGUACUCCCGACCCAGAACCCAGAACACCAGCAUGUCGGACGGCAUCGAGGUCGAGCAAUUGGUGGAGACCAAGCCAAGAAGGAUGCCGCUGGCCACUUCGCUGGAGAAGGACUCGAUCCGCGAGGCGUACGAGGAUGUGCGCUCUGAUCUCACGGACACCGAGUGGGCGGUGUUCAAGUUCGAUGGCGCCCAGAUCAUUGUCCAUGGUCGCGGUCAGUGCUUCGAGGAGUUCCGACAGCAGUUCGGCGACUCGGAGCGCGCCUUCGGCUACAUACGCAUCCAAAUGGGUGACGAGAUGUCCAAGCGCAAGAAGUUCAUUUUCCUGACGUGGAUUGGCCAGGAGGUCGGCGUCAUUCAGCGGGCCAAGAUGUCCACGGAUAAGGCGCUCAUUAAAGAUGUGCUUAAUAACUUCGCCGUGGAACUGCAAGCGGGCGUGGAGGCCGAACUGGACAUUGAACUCUUCCGGGAGGCGUUGAAUCGUGCCGGCGGUGCCAAUUACGGCACGGGCAUCCGGGACAAUUGAGCUGCCUUACUCUAUACAUACUUUUUUUUUUUUUGCAUCUCUCAACCGCUUACCAAACUGCUCCUUUCUCUUUAAUUAUUAUGAAUUAAUUUUAUGAAAUUUAAAAACUGUACAUUUUAUGUAAAAUUAUACAAGCAAUUGUAACAUUA